UGGGAGGGAGCAUGUGUGAGUGUUUUAGAGAAUCAGACGAGAGUGAAAGCCACACAGAAUAACUGCGAAGGGAAAGCCAGACUUGUUUUUCUCGUUUCUGCAUAUGUCAAGAAGGUAGGAUUCUCGUGUAAACAGCUCAGCUUAGUGCUCUUACAACUCAGCAUGAGGAUUGGUCUAUGUGCCCUGGAUUUAAACACACAAAGCGCACUAAAAGAUGUCUGCAUCACCGCCUCCGGUGGCCCCUAGAAAGCAUUCAGGUGUCAGAGUCAUGAUAAUGCCAGGAGAGCAGCCUCCUCCUAGUGGCCUGCCCAUCUACACAAAUUUUGGCAAAGAAAAGGGUACCAGUGGGGAGUCAAAUGAUACAUCUCUAUUGAAUGCAGAGAGAGAAGUGGAGAUUAUGAACCACUGCUUUGACGACGUGGAGCGAUUCUUGGCUCGCUUGCAGCAGACAGCUGAGGCCCAGAGUGUUCUCAACCAAACAAAGAAGAAGAAAAGCAGAAAGAGCAAGAAGAAUAAGGACCAAGAUGAUGAUUUGUUGACCCUGAAAGCUUGCCCUCCAUCAGAGGAAGAAUUUGUGGACAUCUUUCAGAAAAUCAAGUACUCCCUCUGUCUUCUUGACCGUCUAAAGUCAUCCAUCGCAGAGCCUGAUGCACCAGAGCUGCUGCAUCCCAUCUUUGUGCCUCUUAGACUGAUGGUGGAAACCACUGGAGGGCCAUCGUUAGGUGCAUCAGUGGUCAGUCCUGCUAUGACCAGUGGUGCUGUUUCACUGCUUCAGAAGCACCUGACUGAGGAGGAAAAACAGCUGUGGACUUCCUUAGGACCUAACUGGAUUUCAAGCUGGUCUGUGUGUUGUGUGUGUGUAAAUCUUGGUUUGAGAGUGUGUUAUGUUGCUCUAACAAAAUAUUCUUGCCCUUUUUCCAGUUCGCACCUUAGUGUGUCUGGUUCUCCGUACUCACCUGUCUUCCUGGAUGGGUGGCAGCCUCAGGCCUAUAACUCAACUGGCCAGCUUAUUGAAGAUCCCAUCACGUCACAGCACAAACAAGAUGCUUUCAGGGAAAGUAGGCAGGCGCAGACUUUACAUGACCAAGCUCGAAGGACAGCGGAGGGCCAUGGUGCAGGCACUGAUGAAGUAGAAGGAAAUGGGCUCCCACCAGAGGGUGAGAGACUUUACUGCUGCAGUUAUGACUUUGUGGCGAGAAACAGCAGUGAGCUUUCUGUGCUACAAGGAGAAACACUAGAGGUUAUUGAGUCAUCAAAGAGAUGGUGGAAGUGUCGGAAUCGCUUUGACCAGAUCGGAUUUGUCCCCUCCAAUAUCCUGGAGCCUCUGUCUGCACUGAAUAACACUGGGAGAGACAUCCCAGUGGUACGCAGAGAGUCACAGAAGACGCCUAUUUACCCUCGGACAAAGUACUUCUCAUAUGCUCCACCAAGCCAAGUUGGGACCAAUCCUACCGCUACAAGCCAAAUGCGACCACAGAGUAUGGUUUUACCAUCUACAACAAUGAAGGAACAAAACAGUGAGCGAGUCCUAAAAAUGAAUGAUGAGCUUUUUCGGCGGUUAGCUGGGAAAAGAGACUCGGUCCGUCCGCUGGUGGUUCCCCGCACCGCUGACACCUCUUCUCCCCUGAACUACCAAUCACCGUCUGCCGAGGUGGAGGCCUGGCUCACCGCCAAAGGCUUCAGUCAGCAGACAGUUCAGAGUCUGGGCAUUUUAAAUGGAGCACAGCUUUUUUCCCUGAACAAGGAGGAGCUCCGCACUGUGUCACCAGAGGAAGGUGCAAGAGUCUACAGCCAAAUUAUGGUGCAGAAGGCCCUUCUCGAGGAUGUGCACAAAGCCUCGGAACUAGAAACGGUGAUGGAGAAACAAAAGCUGAAGAUUGACCUGAAAUCCGAGAGUGAUGUAAUGUGACGGUGAUAUUAAAGAUUCGGAUGAUCAAUGGAGAUACCUGUGGUAUUGCAUUUACUGGAUGCACAAAGUGAUGUUGCAGAUGGGUUUUAAUCGUUUAUUCAUACAUGCUGUUAUAUCUAGUAUGUGCUACAGAUCUAGCAGCAAAAGCGCACUGUAAAGCUAGCUAGAGUGAGUAAGUAAAGCUCACUCACUAAUACUGUGAUUAACAUUGGGACUAUUAUGUACUAUAGAUUUUUACAUGUUUUAAACUUUAACUUCUCGCAAGAGUUUUACUUAAAGGUCCAAUGACAUGGUGCUCUUUGGAUGCUUUUAUAUAGACCUUAGUGGUCCCCUAAUACUGUAUCUGAAGUCUCUUUUAUAUAGACCUUAGUGGUCCCCUAAUACUGU